GUGGCCCGCGAGGCGAGGCGCAGACAACGCGGCGGCGAUGUCCGCGAGCCAGGCGAGUCCCGCGGCGGUAGCUGCGGGGCCUCGCGCGCGGCAGGGCGACCUGGACUUCGGCUUCCCUCCGGUUCCUUGGAAGUGGGCGGGCGGCAAGUGCGGGAGCAGCAGCAGCCGAGGCGGAGGCUCUGGCUCGUCUCUCUCCUCCCCCUCAGCCUGAGCCGGGGGAGGCCAGGCGGCACGGGUAGCUGGAGGGGGGUCCGCUGCCCAAGAAUGGGAAUUCUCUUCACCAGGAUAUGGAGACUGUUCAAUCACCAGGAGCACAAAGUUAUCAUUGUUGGGCUGGAUAAUGCAGGGAAAACUACCAUCCUUUACCAAUUUUCUAUGAAUGAAGUUGUACAUACAUCCCCUACAAUAGGAAGUAAUGUAGAAGAGAUAGUCAUUAAUAAUACACGUUUCCUAAUGUGGGAUAUUGGUGGUCAAGAAUCUCUUCGUUCUUCCUGGAACACUUACUAUACUAACACUGAGUUUGUAAUAGUUGUUGUGGACAGUACAGACAGAGAAAGGAUUUCUGUAACUAAAGAAGAGCUGUAUAAAAUGUUAGCGCAUGAGGACCUAAGAAAAGCUGGAUUGCUGAUUUUUGCUAAUAAACAAGAUGUUAAAGAAUGUAUGACUGUAGCAGAAAUCUCCCAGUUUUUGAAACUAACUUCUAUUAAAGAUCACCAGUGGCAUAUCCAGGCAUGCUGUGCUCUUACAGGCGAGGGACUGUGCCAAGGACUUGAAUGGAUGAUGUCACGACUUAAGAUUAGAUGAUCUCUGCUGACCUCUUCGCAUAGACUGUGUAAACGAAGUGCUGGACUUUUCCUGAAAGCUGCAAAAAUUAAUGGUUUAGAUAUAUUUAUAAUAAACUGAUUUAAACUUUUUCUAUAAGAAGAAAAAUUAAGACCACUUAUUUGAAAACAAAGAUGAAGUCUCACCUUCCAAUUGGCUUUCUCAUUAGUUCCUUCCAAAGUUAAAUCUUAAAGCUGUGACUGACAUUUUUCUCAUAAUGAAAAUGACCCCUCUCAGGACAUUGUGUAGCCUGUGGUAAGUAUAAAAGAAGGAAGACAUUUAAGACCUUUAUUGUCAGUAUAAACCUCCCUAGUUGAAUGUUGUUCUCUUCUUGUUCUAAUAAGUCGCAGUACAAAUCAGCACAGAUAUUCAGUUCCCAGUAUUUUAAUGUGUAGUGUUACCUAUGAAAAGUAUUUUGCAUUAUGUUGUGUAUGUAUUGUGUAUAUACCUCAAGUUUGAGUUAAUGGCUUUGAUUUAUGUUCUCAAAAAAAGUGAGUAACACGAAAAUUAAUUUAUCCUUAGUUGUAACCAUAUGUGAUGAGUACUGGCAUUGGUGUUAAGUGCCAUUUUGUACUUUCACCCUUAGGUUCUCUGUAUUGUAAUAACCAACCCCCAAAUCAUUGAACUGCUCUUAAAACAAAAAAGAAAGGAAGAAAGAAAAAGGAAAAAAACUUGAUGUUGAGUACAUAUUUUUUUGUUGAUCAAAUCACACGGAAACAUAUACUGAAACUGAAUGGAACUUAUAUCAAAUUCUUGGCUUAAGUAUUUCUAAUGGGCAGAAUUACAUGGCGAAUAAUUAUCAGAUCAUUCCGUGUAUAGGUCCGUAUGCCAUCUAUAUUAAUGAAUAAAUUGUUGAUCCACUCAUCAGUCAUUACUUGUGAUUAAAAUUAUCAAGUAAUUUUUUUCAACA